AUGAAAAUCAACCUCCUCACCCUCCUCUUAACGACCCUCUCCCUCCUCCCCCACAUCCACACCCAAGAAACCCCCACCUCCUCCGCCCCCGCCGCCUCCUCCACCUCCAACUCCACCACCUUCACCGUGACGUCCGCCCGCUCCGGCUCCCCCAUCCACCUCCUCCAACUGACCAUCUUCUCGGGCCGAUUCUACCUCGGCGGUCGCACCUCCUCGUACUGUCCUCCGGGCGUGGCUCAAGAAGGCGGAUGUCCUCCGGGCAAUGAAACCGUGCUAAGUGGUGGAAAUGGAUUAGCAGUCGCCGUCCCCGGCGGGCAACAAAUCUACAUCCUCUCGACGGGCGCCCUAUCAUUCACCCCGCCCCACUCAACCUACAUGCCACCCGGCUCCAUCACCGGUCCCCUCACAUACACCCCCGGCACCCCCUACGGCCACUGGAACUAUACCUCGGGGUUUAUGGCGUGUCCGGUGCGCGGUAACGCCAGUACGAGUAGUAGUAUUACGGUUCGACCCACGUCUACGCCUACGCCGACACGCACGUCGGGAUCUGUUACGCCCUCGCCGACACCGGGGUCGGGAGGUAGUCGGUGGCAGGUUUAUGUGGCAUGGAGGAAUGCGUCCGUGCCGGGGGGGAAUGUGGAUGAGUGUUUGGGGUUUGAUCCGUUGGCGUAUCGCUGGGGGAGGGGCGUGGGGGAGGUGGCGGCUUGGGAGUAUAUUUGA